GCUUCUUCAAAACCUUCAAAAUCUUGAAAAACCUUAUCUUUUUCUACUACACUAUCAACUCGGCGCCUUAUCAACAAUGGCUUCUUCAGUUUCUUCUCUUCAAUUUCUCUUUGUAACUCCACAAACCCUUUCUUCUCUAAAACCCAAUUCCGCACCAACUUCAUUUUCCUUCUUCUCUCUUCCUUCAUCUUCUCUGAAUCUUUCUUUAUCUUCUUCAACCCCUUCUUCUUCUAUCAAGCCUUUUGAAUCUUCUUCGUUCGGUUCUCGGUUUGUUCGUAACGUGGCGUUAUCUGAAUUUGACCAAUUGGAAGAUGAUGUCGGAGAAGUAGAAGAAGAACCCAAUUUCUCUCCGGACCUUAAACUCUUUGUUGGUAAUUUGCCGUUCAGUGUUGACAGUGCUGCACUUGCUGAGCUUUUCGAACGAGCUGGAAAUGUUGAGAUGGUUGAGGUUAUAUAUGACAAGCUCACAGGAAGAAGCAGAGGGUUUGGUUUUGUGACAAUGUCGUCGAAAGCGGAAGUGGAAGCUGCUGAGCAACAAUUCAAUGGAUAUGAAAUCGACGGGAGGGCAUUGAGAGUGAACUCUGGGCCAGCACCAGAGAAAAGGGAGAAUUCAUUUGGAGGUGGACGAGGUGGGAGAAGUGAAAAUUCCUCUUAUGGAGGUGGGAGAAGUGAGAAUUCUUCUUAUGGAGGUGCACGAGGUGGGAGAAAUUUCGAUAGCUCCAACAGAGUCUAUGUAGGAAACCUCUCAUGGGGUGUCGAUGACCUUUCACUUAGAGAAUUGUUCAGUGAUCAAGGCAAAGUUGUGGAUUGCAAAGUAGUCUAUGACAGAGAUAGUGGUAGAUCAAGGGGCUUUGGAUUUGUGACAUUCAGUUCUGCUCAAGAGGUCAACAAGGCAAUUGAUAGCUUGAAUGGCUUUGACCUUGAUGGCAGGUCCAUUCGUGUAAGUGCUGCAGAAGAGCGACCCCCUAGGCGUCAAUUUUGAAUGUGUUAAAUUACAUCUUUUUGAUUGAGAAAAACUUGAGGGCCUGGAAAUGAUGAAAAUCGCAACAAAGCUCAUGAAAUGCUUGCAACCUUCAACACCUGCUACUAGUUUUACACCAAAUUUGGUACAAAAUUUUGGUAUCUGCAUCUAGACUAAUGCGAGUACGACUAAUGCGAGUACUUAGUAUAUUUUCUUUUACAGUGUAUGUUCUAAAAUUGCCUUGGGGAAAGAUUCUGACCUGUAAUAUGUUGACUAAUGACAUGUUAGAUCACUCUUUGGGAUGUGUUAUCUUGGUGUGUGAAAUGAAUGUGGGAAUUGUUGCACAA